AUGCGAGAAGCUCUCUCCUCUCUCCUCUCUCUAAGUGCCGUAAUCGGCCGCUUGCUCUGGGCGACGUUAAUCGUCAUCCUUUCGUCCAGUUUGAUUAACCAGGUCCGAUGCCGCCACCAUCCUCUGUUUGGUGAUUUUCGGAUCCGUGAGGGGGGAAAAGGGCGGUACCGGCGUUGCAGGUCGGCGGCGCGGAGAACCUCGGCUGCAGAUCCAAGUGGUCGGAUCGAUUGUAUGCCCCUCCGCCGGGUUCUCGCGAACCGAAAAAGGAAAAGAAUGGAGGCGCUAAGUGAAUAUGUAGAGCUCUCCUUUGUGAUUUCAGUUAAAAGAUGCCGUAAAUUGGCUCUGAAGGGGUGGAGAUUCUGGCUCCCCCCUUCGUCUAUGUUGGACGGAGAUGUCCUGUCUCAGCGCUCAAUUCCGAAGGUGAAUGAGCAGCAUACUCAACCCGAAAUGGGACCAAUGAAGAAUUCUUGCGGUUCUGGUCACGCGCAGCCCUUUGGGGAUGAUGGGCUUCCGAAACCAUCUGGCGUUAGUGAUCGAGACCCUCCUGCCGGAGAUAGGAGGCCUUCACCGCCGGCGAUAAGCUCAAGGAACCUAGGGGAGUCCUCUGAUGCCGUGUUUGGAUCGGAAUCUUCUUGUACCAACUUGAAUUUACAAUCCCGUGUUGUUCGCCCAAUGUUAGUUACGGCGGUGGGGAAAAUAUCCAGGCCUGGUAUCCCUGUUUUUGGGACUGGGCAACUGCUCGGGAUUAUCUUGACAAAUAUACGAGAAAAUCAAUGA